CAAAGCCUAUUCUACUCUCUUUUGAGGUGUUCAUCAUCAAGACAACGGAAUUACCACUCUACCCUUAUCCAAACUCUACCCUUAUCCUGGAGGACUCGCCGGAAAAGCUGCCGGAGUCGUCAUCCGCCAGAAACAAUUCUAAAUGACAACUAGGCAAUUUGUUCAACUCUGCAUAUAUUUGUUAGCCGGAAGUUCAUUUAUAUGGUCACCUGGAAACUGUUCGGUUGGUGAUUCAGUAUCAGGUCAGCACAGGGAUUCCAUUUUCUGAAGCUUGAUGAGAAAGUUCCCCAAUUGUUACAAUCCUUAUUGGAAAGAUUUACUUCUGUUGUACCUUCUCUCUCAAUUUCACAUUGGUAACAGUAGGGAUCUGUAACAGAAGAUGGUCAAUCGACAUUUAUUUUUCUGUUAAUGUUUUUACAGUAUCUUAUUAAUUGGCUGCACUCUUUUUUCCUUGGCAAAACAUGAAGAAACACGGGCAUGUGUUUCAACAAAAGGAAUAAUGAAUUUGUGAAACCCUUAGAAUGACAAAACUAGAACUCCUCUCUGCAAGAGUCUGUGUUAUUCUUGUUGAAAUGACUUCUUUCAAAAUUAGCAUAGGACCAGCAUCACAACGACCAAUGUACAAUACAUGCUUCUCGUCAACUGUCCCAUAAUAAGUCGCAAAGAAUUAGUGUUUGGAAAUAUGGAGAAAAAAAUACUCCCCAUGUGAUUGAUGGCUGUGAUAGGGGAAAUAGCAUCAAGGGAAGGGUAUACGAAGUAAGCAUGGUAGUAGUGACCAUGCCUAAACAUUAAAACAAGCAAAUGCUGUUUUGCAUACUCUUAAAGCCAACCAAAAAGUAAACUUAAUGUUGUUUACUUGUUUUAAGAAUGGUACAUUAAAUGAGUGAUUAUACAAGACAAGGUUAGAAAUACAAUCUUUAGAGAGAAACUUUAGGGCAGCCUUUGCUGUACCUAGGGGUGCUCAUUUUAACCAGAUAAGCAUGUUAUCCGUACCUAUUUCCAAAAUCGGUUAUAUAAAACCAGAUAACUAACUCUAUGUAUGGUUUUGGCUCCAGGCCCAUAUUUUGGGCACUCAUCCGAUAUGUUGGACAUCUAUAUCCAAAAACAAAACCAAAUAGUUUCUGCUUAGCCUCUCCCUUUUCGCUCUGCUCUCAAAAAUUCAAAAUCCUUAAUCCACAAACUCUAAGUCCAUUACGCCGUCAUAAUUUUUUCCCCUUUCAACCACGUUCCAUCAUCAUCACACCGUCCAUUUCAAAUAUAGCAUUGUCAUCCAUUCUAUUGUGUUAUCAUGUGUACCAUUGAUCUUGUCGUAUUAAGCUUGUAAUGAAUUUUUGAAAUAUUUACUUUAUUAAGUUGUAAACCUAUGAUUGUGUAUGACUUAUCUAUGAAGUUUAACUCCAUAUUAAUUGUUUUCUUACUUAUUUAUUUCAUGAACGUUUCGACCCUAGGUUUAACCAGUUAAACCAAUUAAACCUUAAACCCGUUUGCCCUCCCUCCGGUCCGGUUUUUAAAACAUUGGUAUAAAGUGUCCUUUUUUCUUUGGAUCCUGUUGAACAUUAUAUUCCAUUUUCGUUUCAGGUGGUUGGCUCCCCAAAUCCUAGGUCUAAUAGUAGAAAUGCUAAAUCUUUUUCUCCCAUGAAGCAAUUUCUGAUGCAGUCUUAUUAUGACAGAUAUACGAGCUUACUUGAUUCAGACUUUGAAAACUUCAUGUCUCAUGAAAUCACUUCUGGUCUGUGUGAAGUGCUUCCAGAAAACCAUAGUUCCAUAUUAAGAUUGUCAGUUCUAAAACGUGAUCUUGUGGGUGAAGGUUCUCACCGCCGUGUGUCUACAUUAAUCAAAUUACAAACCCAACAGUUGAACUCUUUGUCUGAUCUUUUAAGCUACUCAUGUGAAUUAAUAAUUAUUGAAAGGCUGCCUUCUGGAGUUUUUGCUGAUCCAUUUGAAUUACAACAUCUUGCUCAACGCGGUGUGUUCAAUGAUAUAGCUGUCUUUGGUGAUACAAAUCUGGAGCUGCCUUCGUUCUUGUCCAAUCGAUCUGCCGUUGAAAUCCACUUAGAUAUUGAUCCAAAUACAUUGCUACAGCCAGCUGAUAUCAGCAUAGAGCUUCCUUUGCACGCACGAUAUCAACCUCUGAAUGAAAGUGGCUACUCAAUAGUAGAAUUUGGUGCACCGGAUACGAUACUGCGCUGCAGCACAAAGGAAAAGGUGGAAAAUAGCAGUUGUUUGUUCAAAUUGAAAAAUGAUGUUGCCAAUCUGUAUGAUGCUGGUCUAGUUUGGAGAAUACCAUCUGGAAAAAAGGCACACUCUGAUCUUGUCUCUAUCGUUACAUUUCUUACAGCCUUCUUAUCAACUCUUGUAAUUAUGGUAACAUCAUUGCAUUAUUUUAAUAGCAGAGUGAGUAAAGAUUUGAAACAGUCGUGAAGUUUUUUUAUAUAAGGAUAUUUUCUCAUCAUUCAUUAUUUGUUGUAUUUUAUGUAAGGAUAUUUUCUCAUCAGUCAAGAAAAAUAAUUUGCUUCA